AUACAUAGUUUUCCUCUAAAUUGGAAUUUUCUAUCGAACUCUUAGCUUGGACGGCAAAAUCAGUAGUGACUCAAAAGGGAAGUCUAUUUUGUUCGUCGAUCAUCAAUCACUGAAAAUGAGAAUGAAAAUGAAAAUGAAACAACACUUAGCAUAAUAAAUUCAUAGUUCUUGCUGUUUUUGAUCUGACAAUACAAUCUCAUGGGUUUUUUCUAUUCAACUUUACUUUUUACUCUGCUCCUUCAUAUUUGUGAUGCAGCAGCGUCCUUAACAAUCCAAGAUUCCUAUGUUUCUGCAAUUGGUGACCCUGGUAUGAGAAACCCAAAUGCCAGAUUUGCAUUGGAAGCUUGGAAUUUCUGCAAUGAAGUUGGAAAUGAAGCUCCCCUUAUGGGUAGCCCCAGACUUGCUGACUGUGCUGAUCUUCACUGUUCUCCUUCUCUCACAGGUGACCAAGAUAUUCCGGGCGGUCCACUUCUUCGGAAACGAAGCACUUGUAAAGUACACCAUAAAGUGACAGAAGUAGACAAUAGAUUAGGAGUUGGAGAUAGAUUUCCAGAUGGGAAUUAUAAAGCUUACACGGAUCCUGAUCUUUAUGCUGCGGAAAAGGAGCGGUAUCUUGGUUCACUUUGUGAAGGGCAUGAUUCCACUGAGCCAUGGUAUCAUUGGAUGAUAAUGCUCAAAAAUGGAAAUUUUGACAAGAACACGACUCUUUGUCCCGAAAAUGGUCGGAAAGUUUCUAAGAUAGUGACUGGUAGAAAUUUUCCAUGUUUUGGAGAGGGCUGCAUGAAUCAGCCACUUGUCUACCAUAACUACUCAAGGAUAGUCUACGGGAAGCAUGCAUCUUUGAUUGGAGGUUUCUAUGGAACAUAUGACCUUGACGCCAAUUUAACUGCCGGUCUAGAUGGAAAAUCUUUUUUCUCUGUUUCAUGGCAAAAGAAUUUAAGCACAGGUAGUUGGAUUGUCUCAAACAAAUUGACGACAUCAUUCAAGUAUCCAUGGCUUAUGUUGUAUCUAAGAGCAGAUGCAGCAGAAGGGUUUAAUGGAGGAUAUCACUAUAGUGGCCGUGGAAUAAUGAGAAAGCUUCCAGAGUCACCCAACUUCAAGGUAAAGUUGACACUUGAAGUUAGACAAGGAGGAGGCUCCAAUAGCCAGUUUUAUCUUCUCGACAUUGGAAGCUGUUGGAAAAAUAAUGGAGAUCCAUGUGAUGGAGAUGUUUUAACAGAUGUGACGAGAUACAGUGAGAUGAUUAUCAAUCCAGCAACCUCGAGUUGGUGUCGUCCUGAUAACCUUGUGUCCUGUCCACCCUACCACGUUAGCCCUAAUGGGGAGAUAAUAUACAGAAAUGAUACUUCUCGGUUCCCUUACUCUGCUUAUCAUCUCUAUUGUGCUCCUGGAAAUGCAAAUUAUUUAGAGAAACCAUAUGAUAUAUGUGACCCGUACAGCAAUCCUCAAGCUCAAGAAUUGGUGCAAAUACUGCCACAUCCUGAGUGGGCUGUGCACGGUUAUCCUUCAAAAAAAGGAGAGGGCUGGAUUGGGGAUGCUAGGAGUUGGGAGCUUGAUGUAGGAGCUUUAUCUAAUCGGUUAUACUUUUACCAGGAUCCAGGAACCAAACCGGCAAAGCGUGUGUGGUCUUCACUUAAUGUUGGUACAGAAAUAUAUGUUAGCAGCCAAGGGGCUACUGCUGAAUGGACUGUAAGUGAUUUUGAUGUAUUGAUUCCUGAGGGUGGUAAAGGCGGUGUUAGGGCAGUUCUGUAACUCCUGUUGUAUGUUCCUUGUUCACUGAGAUUAGUUUCACUUCUAACAAUUCGUUUCUUUGCUUGUUUGUAUAUAGACACACAUACAUGUAUUUCUUUUUUUGGCUUUCUUUAUGUCCUAUUACAGUAGCAGAAGUGUUAGCGCGAAUAAGUAUACCAUUGUUGAUUCCUUACAGCCUCUGGUGACUCAUUAAUAUACGUUAGAGAUUUUUAA